AUGGUCUCUUCCAGCGUGGCUACAGGCACUGGCACCGCUUCCGAUGCCUCCCCUCCCCAAUCCAACGGCCAUGGCGAAAAACGCAAGGCCGAGACUGACCCAACGACGGAGAAACAAUCACACACCAGGUCGAAAAGGAACAGAUAUAUCUCGAUUGCGUGCAACGAGUGUAAGCGGCGCAAAAUAAAAUGCAAUGGGAACACUCCGUGCCAAAGAUGCGGCAAUCUGAAUCUCGAGUGCAUCUACGCACCGAACUGUUGCACGAACUCACUCAAAGACUCUGCGGAGUUCAACCAGAUGCGCGAACACAUCGCCGCCCUCCAAGAGCAAGUCAAUGACCUCUACGCGAGCCUGAGUGAGUUGCGAAGCAGGCCUGACAUAGCCUAUUCGGGUUCCAUCGACCCGCAAUUCUCCCACGAUGGCUCCCACCGAUCCAUGUCCGUGUCGGCGUCGCGUACGUUACCGCCCCUCAUCUCGCCGAAAAGAAGCCAGCCCAAGGCCUUGCCUCAGUUCCAUGGCCCGACAAGCACAGUGUAUGGAUUGGAUGUGGCCAAAUCAUCUCUGCAGACCAUGGGCAUUACACACAACGCGCCGGACGAUGGGAUGAUGUCUCGCGAUCGAAGCCGGGCAGCAUCACCGAUCAUGAUGCUCCCGCCUCAUCCUAGCAAAGACCCGCUCUGGCUGAUUGACCAUUCCGAAGUUGUUCGUCUGUGUCGAGUCUAUGAGGAAGAGAUUGGUAUCAUGUACCCGGUGGUGGACAUCGACAAGGUACUCAAGCAAGCAAACUCAUUGUACAAGUUCAUUGCAGCGUCCCUAAGAACAGGGCUGGGCCAACCCGGCCUCCCAGGCGCAGACACAUUCGACGAUGAGGAGACCACUGUUUUGAAGAUGGUCCUGGCUAUAACGUUGACGGUCGAAGGGCACGGACGCAGCGAGCUUGGCCAGAGAUUCUUUGAUGCGGCAAAACCGGCGACGGAUUUGAAGUUGGUUACCGCACUUGACAUCAAGUCCGUGGUUUUGACCGUAUUGACGGCCACUUUCUACUUCCAAAAGGACGAAGAGGCACAGGCCUGGCGAUUCAUUGGCAUCGCAGCGCGCAUGUGCAUAGAAAUGGGCCUCCACAGAAAAGAUUCACUGGUCAAAUCCUUUACGAAUGAAGCUGAAUACCAGCAAGCCAUCCGUAUCUUCUGGACGGUCUAUGCGCUCGAUCGGCGCUGGAGCUUUGGCACAGGCAUGCCAUUUGCGUUGCAAGAUGCAGACAUUGAUCCCGCUCUGCCUGAACCGGACGAGAGCCAUCCAUAUUUAAAACACAUUACCAAGUACAACCAAAUCGCUACAAAGGUCUGGUACCAUAACCUCGCGUAUGAGGCGGGACAGAACACGAAGAAAGACGAAAUCGGAUUUCUAGAUUACCAGAUCCUGCAGUGGUACGCACAGUUACCCGAAUCAUUGCAAUUCAACAAUCGAGACCUUGCCAGAGAGAAUGAAAUACCUGGCCGCGGGGUGCGCCGUCUCCGACUUCUGAUGUAUUUGCGUAAGAACCAGGCACGAAUCUCCAUCUAUCGUCCCAUCCUUCAUUCCGCCACCAGCAUUAUGGAGAACCGGCACUACGCUCAGAACGUGAUUGACGUGGCCAAGGACACCAUCAACACCUUGACCGCAGUCAACCAGAUGUCUGAUAUCUACAAGACCCAGCAAGUGCUGUACAACUACUUCCUGGUCCAGGCACUCGCUGUGCUCUUCCUGUCGGUGGCUCAUGCUCCGGCUGUCUUUUGUUCCCAGACUAGGCAGGAGUUUUACGCGGCGAUUGAGAUUGUCAAGGGUUUCAGCACCAAGUCACAUGUUUCCAAGCGACUAUGGCGGACCAUUCGUGGGCUGAAGGAUAUGGGUGACAAGAUCGGCCUCUUGGCAAGGGGAGGCAACGGCAUGAGUGACGCUGAACAGGACGCUCAUUCAGACGCUGCAAUGGCAAUGGCUGGGCUUGCCGGACACAAGGUCGACUACCAGCAGGCGUAUGGUACUUCGAAUUCGAACCAGACGAACGGAGGCCCCAAUCAGCAAGAGCUAGGAGUUAGCCCGGAUGACGCAUUGCAGAUCACGAAUGAGUUGUCGAGUUUGUUCGAACUGGCAGGUGGCUACGGAGCUACGACGCCGGGACCGGACACGUUCAACUUUGUGGGCGCAAACGGGGAGAUCAGCAUGGCGGAAGGGUUCAAUGCAUUUGGAAACGAGCCAGAAUUUGCCAGGAUUAUGAACGAGUUGUUUUGA